ACAUACAUCGGCUCUCCAACAGGCAAACUUCGACCACAGAAGCAUCAUCAUCAAUGAUGUGAGUGCGCGUGUCACCCUCCCCUAGCAACAGCCCGCCAAAUCUGUUGGUAUAUCCUCCCGCAGGCGAGUUUAAUCAGCCGGGCAAUCGGCAUCAGAUACCUACCGAUGGAUGCCUCGUGGAUAAGCGUAAGUGUGGUGGAGUAAGUGGCAGCUCGUCGUGUUGGACCUUGUUUUUGUCACUCUUGCUCAUGUCGAUGUCUAUCUUUUUGUUCCCCAUCUCUUCCCAGCCACUGCUUUUUCUCUUUCUCUUGCAUUUUUGAUAGACCCCAGUGAUCCCUUAUGGCUUCAACACAUCAGAGUGCGCCAUAUCGGCCUGAGGUUCAGAGCUUGGGCGGAACACCCACAGUCCCAGUCGACAUACCAGUAUGCGCCGUCUUCAUGCUUUUGUAUAUCAUCGCUGGUGUCUUACAUUUUGGAACGUUCUUGAGAAAUAAAAAGGUUGGAAAGAAGUUCAUCUUUGGUGGAAUGAUGUUUGGUCUUUGCAAAAUCCGGAUAGUAACACUCAGUCUUCGCAUUGCAUGGGCAUGUUACCCUCGCAACAUCAGACUGGGUAUCGCAGCACAGAUCUUCGUCAACAUCGGUGUCGUAUUGCUAUACUUUGUCAACCUCUUCUUCACGCAACGCAUCGUCAGAGCACAACAUCCCAACUUUGGCUGGAGCAAGUUGUUCACGCCACUGAUCCCGAUCAUCUGCGCCAUCACCGUCUUGACAAUCAUUGCUUUGAUUGUUGCUGUCAUCCAGUCCUUCUAUACCUUGCACAAGAACAUCCACCGUAUCGACCGUAUCAUUGAGCUGUAUGGACCCACAGCCUUCUCUGCAAUCGCCUUCGUCCCCAUCGUCAUCAUCACUAUAUCGACACUCCUUCGACUUAUCCCCAGCGUCCGCGGCCAAAAGGCACUCGACAAGUUUGGCUCAGGCAAGAUGAGCACAAAAAUCGCCAUCGUAAUCCCCAGCGCAGCCCUCCUUACCCUCGCUGCCUCUCUCAAGGCCGGCACCAGUUAUCUACGUCAAGUCCCGCUAUUGACACCAGACAACACACCCGAACCUACACCUUGGUACUUCAACCGCGGCAUCUUCUACGGCUUCGGCUUCGGCGUGGAGAUUAUAAUCUUGUUCUUCUACAUGGCUGUCAGAGUGGACAAACGCUUCAUCAUCCCCGAUGGUGCAAAGGGGCCUUACUCGUACGCCGGCGGCUUCGUCUUUGCCGGCGAAAGCGGCAAUGAAAAGAGUAGAUUGGGUCAACGCGACUCUACCCGCAACCUCACGGGCAGCUCUCAGUCAUUGCAAUCGUGGGGUGGCAGCACACGUCGUGGUGGCAGAAGCAAGGCACCUUCUGUCAUCAGUUGGGGUGGUAUCAGUCAAGCGGAUACGGAGAUGGGGAUUGGAGAGGAUGGCGUGGAGCCGGUUCCUUAUGUCACCACCGAGGAUGGUGAGAUUGCUAGACCGGCGAGUAUUGCAGGUGCGGAGCAGGAGAUGGGCUGGGAUUCGAAGAGUGGUAAGUGGAAGCUCAGACCGGUCUCUGGCAUGUCUGCUGUUUCCACUGCUAUUCCGAUGAUGCCCAGAGAGGAUGUCUGAGUUUGGGAAAAGAAGGAAAGAAACACAGCACGUUUCGGAUAAGCAAGAUGUGUGUGUAAGGAAGCAGGCAAAGGGCGUUCUUAAGAGGAC